UCUCGACAACACGUAUAGCGUAACUAGCCUGUUACAAAUAUUUUAUUUUGUAAUUGUAGCGUAUUUAGCAAGUGUACUUAGUUUCUAAGUCAUCAUAAAGUGUUUGUUUUAUCAUUAUGUCUGAUUCGGAUAGUGAUAACAGCCCAAAGGCUCUAGAAGGUCUUUUACGCAAACGUGCCUCUCAGAAGGGCGUUUUGACAAAACAUUUUAAUUAUUUUCGUGACACUGAUGGCGCGGAACUCGAUCGCCAGUGCCUUUCCAUAAAGGAGGAGAGGUUGAGGGCUACGUUUGACAGAUUUGAAAAACUUAACUUGGAGAUAUGUGCGCUUAAUCCAGACGCGGACGACUGUGACGCUGUUGAAACCAAAUACUUGGAAACACUAACUCUGAUAAAACGCUUAAUGCAAAAGUUAGAUGAUAACCAGGUGGUUAGCCCUCCCCCGCUGCAAACCAUGGCAACGAAGCUGCCUGAAAUAAAUGUUCCGAUCUUUGUAGAACGUCGAGCCCUUGCACUUGAAAAUGCUGAGAGAACUCAGGUGCAAUUCCCCGUUUCAAAGGCUGCUCACACAGUGACAGUGAAGGACGUUGCAGGAGCCACUGUUAAGUCAGCACCGCCGCCACUUGCCUGCACACUAUGUGCUGUUGCCGUCUGAGCAUUCCACAACUGUAAGCAGCCUGUCAGAGAAUGGAGCCAGCCAGCAACUGCCGGUUCUACACACACAAUUUGGAUAUGUGAUUGCAGGGUCCAUCCCAACUAAUCAGCAUUCAAGCCAAGUAACAUCAUUAUUUUGCAAUACAUGUGACACGUCGCUUAAUGACACGCUCUCCUCGUUUUGGGAAUCUGAAAGGGUUCCUGAAUUUUUUCCAGAAAAACUCCCGGAGCAUGAGACCUGUGAGCAAAUGUUUUGUAAUUCUGUGAAUCUAGAUACACAAAAUAACAAGUUUGAAGUUGCAUUACCUCUUAAAUUACCACUAGAGUCAAUAAAUGAAACACUUGGCCAAACUUUCAACUUAGCUCUCAAAA